UGAAUGGUAUCGCGCGUUGCUCGCGCCCAUACCUAUGCUUUCAAACAGCUGCAGCAGUUCUGCGACGAUUUAGUGUAAUGUGUUCAAGCUCUACGCUCGAUAAGCGAACUUAGCAGCCCGAGCCACCCGAGCGGUGAAAGAUUGUGACGUCAAAAACCAACCUGACCGGUACACGUGGCUCUUACCGGUCUGCCAGUCCUGUCAGUACGGUCAGUGUACCUCGUCUGGGACGGACGUAUCACGGAGUGUUCUCGCAGAAUGAAGAACCUUGCGUUGUUGCUCGUUGCCGUACUGGCAUCUGCGGUGCUCGCAGAUGAUGCAGCAAAGCAGAAACAAGACACUCAGACAAACACCCAGCAACAACAGUACUACCAGCCUCCUGACCCUGAACUCGUGAAGAAACACUUGGAAAAACUAUUCGACGAGGAACUGGACACUGACAAGGACCGCUAUGUCACCUCUGCGGAGCUCCGUGCCUACCUGAAAUUGUUCCACAGCAAGCUGGUCUACGACAACAUCGACAAGCAGUGGCUGUAUUUUGACAAGGAAAUGAAUGAAGUGGAACCUGGAAAGAAAGUGCUCAAGUGGGAGAGCUACAGCAAGAUCACCUUUCCUGAGAAGGACCUGGAUGAACCGGGAGAGGAUGGCACGACCGCACGUCAGAUGCAGGAACGUACAGAACGUCGCUGGAAAAUGGCCGACGCGAAUGGAGAUGGGGCUCUGGACAAAGCAGAGUUCAAGAACUUCCUUCACCCCGAAGAGGACGAGAAGGCUCGCCAUGUGGUAGUCAUUGAGGCUACAGAGCUGAUGGACAACGACAAGAACGGGGAUGUCUCUCUGGCAGAGUACAUGACCCACCUCAAGAAAGUUUCUGGACCUGAAAAGGGCAAAGAAGCAGCCUGGGAACAGGCCCAGCAGAGCCACUUCUCCACCUACCUAGACAAGGACAAGGACGGCGUGCUCAACGAGUCCGAGAUGAGGGACUGGGUCCUGCCAACGCACGACCGCGAGGAGGGAGAGGCCUGGAGGCUCAUCUCUGUUGGAGAUGCAAACCAGGACACCAAGCUGACAAAGGAAGAAGUGACAGCCGUGCCAGAUUAUUUUAUGGGUAUCCUUCCCCACGAGUUCUGGCAGCAGGAGGGCCACGCUGGCUCGGUCAAGCACGACGAGUUUUAGGUGUGCUACGGAGAUGUGACAUUGGAAGAAGCAUUUGUGGAUCGAUGUGCAAUCCUUCUAUGUGGAUCUGAUAGGUCAGUGUUUUAUUUAUGCUGCACUGGAAGGACUCCAGUGGUAGAUACUCAAGCAGAAAAGAAUGCUUUGUUUUUCUUGAACAAAUGCCGAACAAAAUGUGGGAUGUCAUUUAUUUAUUGGACCUCAUCAUUUUGCUAGAGAACAGGCAGGACGGCACCGCUCUGGUUUAUCUGGGCGGAGUUCAUGCAGUGCGCUGACCAAUAAAAAAUAUUUUCUACCGUUCAGAAA